UGAGAGUACAGAAUUUUGGACACAGUCAACAUGCUCUAAAAUGGAGAUAAUCUGUAUUGCUUCAUAUCCAAAGCUGAUCUUAAUAUCUGUGUGUACUGGGGGAAGGUAAGAAAUAGGGAGUGCCGUCAGUGGCAAUAGACAAAAGGUUUGGAGGAGAGGUCUCUGGGCCAACACACGCCUGCUUUGCAAACAUAAUUCCAGGCUCACUAAGUCAGAAGUGUACAGAGAGUGGAGGAGACUGCAUGUGUGCCUCUGUGCCCAGGUACUUUUUCUUUACAUGUAUGUGACGGAGUGGGUGUGUGCCACACCUCCCCUUAAAGAUAAAUAGUAAUCGCCAACUUUUAUGAGCUCCUGAGUGCCUACAUCCAUUCCAUUAGAGUGGACCUAACACUGUGCUGGCUGUCCAGGCCAGGACAUUGGCACAGAAAGGUGAGGCUCGUGGGUCCCACAGUUAGGAAUUUUUGAGUGGGGAACUGUCGAGCCUGUGGUCCUCACCACCUCUGAUACCGUCUCUGUGCCCGACUAGUAAGAGGAAGCGCCUCCCUGCGCUUCAUUCACCGUCUUAGCUCAGAAACUAGACGACACCUGGCGGGAAGCAGAUGCUUCACCGUUGCUGACUCCAGGCGUGCGCUGUGUUUAGUUGGGCAUGAGAUCUGGGAUAGGCAGGCCCACAGACGCUCCUAGGACAGGAGGGAAACUUUCUGCCCGCAGGACUGGACUGUGCAGCCGGGUCAGGGCGUUUGGACCGCAGCCGGCGACAUUGGCUCCAGCGGGGAAAGGCACGGCAGGCAGCGCCCUGCUGCACAAACCAGAAAAACAGCCUCCCGGGCGGGGAGCCCGCGCCCCGCCCCCGGCCGCCCAGCCGAGGCCCCGCCCUGGGUGUGGGGCGGCCCGGGACCGGACUCUGCACCCCCAGGUGCAGCUCCUGCCUGCACGCAGCCUCCCGCCGCCCAUGGAAGGCGCCCAGCCUGCGCCGUCGCCGCGGGACGAGCUGGAGCUGUCGGAGCUCGGGCAGCCGCCGGGGGAGCAGACGCCGCUCAAUGGGGCUGUCCGCGUCCUGCCGCGCGCGGCCGAGGACCCCGGCCCGGCCCAGGCUAAUAAGGAAAAUCCCUGGCGCUCUUGUAAUAAAACUGUUGUCGGAAGGUGUAAACUGUGGAUGGUCAUCGCCUCCAUUUUUCUAGGUCUCAUUAUCGUGAUCAUCUUAGGCUUAUGUCUCACUGGAGUAACGUACAUUGAUGAAGAUGAAAAUGAAGUAAUUGAAUUAUCAUCAAACAAAACAUUUUUCAUCAUGCUGAAGAUCCCAGAGGAGUGUGUUACUGAAGAGGAGUUGCCUCACCUGCUCACUAAAAGGCUCACAGAUGUGUACAGUACAUCACCAUCUCUGAGUCGUUAUUUCAUGUCGGUUGGAAUAGUGGACUUCAGUGGUGAAAAUUCCACGGUCACCUAUCACCUGCGGUUUGGAGUUCCCUUGGAAGACGACGGCUUUAUGAAGUACAUGAUGAGUGAGGAGCUGGUGCUGGGAGUUCUGCUGCAGGACUUCCACGAUCAGAGCGAACCUAGCUGUGCAGGGCUGGGGCUGGACCCAGAAUCUCUCGUGCUCUAUGAAUGAAGCGGUGGAGGCCACUCUACGUCAGAAAGUUGUGCUCCACUGAGUUUGGAGUGGAAGAGAAUUCAUUCUGUACUGGGACCAGAGGGCGGAGCCUGUCUUUCUUCCAGAUUUGCAGAGAUCCAGUCUGUCUCCAGUCCAGCAAGGCACCUGUGGAGACCUUUCCAGCUGGCUCCAGUCCUGACAGAGCAGGAAGCCAGAGUGCGUGGGGCAGGUGAAGUGAGCCAGGCCCCACACAGGACAUCCCCAUGUCCUUGAGACUCUGACUGUCUCCACUCUUGUAGGGACCUUUUGUUUCUCUUUUGCACAGGGUGAUGCAGCAGUGCCUUGGCUUAGGCAGGAUUCUGGUAGCCCAUGCUGGUGGACAGGGACAACAGACAGCCAGGUGAGGGAGAGCGGAGCCAAUUCCUAACAUCCCCCUUGUGCUUCCCAUAUUGGUGUAUGUGUGCUUUGUGGUACUCAGGAUCCAGCCCAGGGGUGCUCUCCCACUGAAAUAUAUUCCCAUCUGUCACCCUCCACUCCUUUAAAAAUUUUGAGAUGUCGUCUCACUAAAUUACCCUGGCUGGAUGUGAACUUGUAAUCCUCCUGCGCAGCCUCCUCAGGGCUAGAAAUUACAGGCCUGCCCAUGGAGCCCAGCCCUACCAUUGUAUCUGAUCUACCUCUGAGCCAGGAAAAGGAUGGUGUCAAGAACAGGAAGGGACUUUCCAAAACCUAAACAGCUGUGCUUUGUGUUUGUAUUAUCACUUUCAUGAUAAUACAAACCAGCCUUGGAUACACCAUCCAGUGUUACUGUGAAAAAAAAAAUUGGAAUAUAUGUAUAUUUGAAACAAAGAUAGUAAUUAUCUUGCUUCUUCUUAUGUUCCUUGAGCUCCUGAACACUUCCUUUGGAAAUAUGGGUCCUUUUGAGUUUUAAACAUGCCUUCAUCCUUUAGGAUUGUUACCCCACCUCUGUAUUUAUAAACUUCCAUCAGAGAAUCAUGAAGAUCGCUUAGUUUCUGCCUCUGAUACCACCCGUGACUAUGUCCUGCCCAGUGUUGGUAACUCCCUGGAGGACUCAGUGUCCUUGAGUGUUCAGUAUGUGUCUCAUUACUGGUUGUGAGACAGGAAGAACCUUUUGAAAUAAACUGUUGGAAGCCUGUGUCUGAUAAUUUCAGGGUUGGGAGGAACAUUACUGACUGUAUCAGUCAUUGGUAGAUGCAACAUUGUCGGUUCUGAGGGAAUAGUAUUUAUGUUGUUGUUAAAAUUCCCUUGCUGUAAAUUUUCCAGAUGAAUUUUAUGCUCAUAAAAUGAGAGAUUCCCUAGUCCUUGUAUCAAAUAAAAUUUGACGUGGGUGAAAGUCAGUGAGAGGCAGCGGUAUGCAGCUGUGUGUUGGUAUGGAUUUGACUUGAGCUCUUUAUGACUCAGUUCUGAAUAAUGUGAAUUUGCUGUCUCAUUUAAGUAGAAGAUACAUGUAUUGUAACUUGUUUCAUUGUAAGGACAGUUCCCUAAACUAGUAAAUUUCUCUUCCUUUGUAUUUUUUACAUAUCAGAAGUGAACCUUAGCAUGUCUGCACUGUAUAGAAAAUAAUGAAGAUGUUUAAUGGAGAUUGAUUUAAAACAUUUAUAAUAAAGUAUUUUUGCAUCUGGGUGCCGCAUUCA